GCGUUCCUAAAAGAUAAGUGCGCAGACGUGGUUCUCGUGCUGGAAUCGCUCGUGUCCCGUCAAAUAGAGGGAGUGAAACAGCACCUGCUGCCAUUCUGGCAUUACGUCAAUGGUAGACAUUUCAUUUGCUGGUUUGGGAGGAGUUACCGUGACCGCCAUUGUUACAGCUCAUUCGUAUCGAAGAACGUGAUCUGUGAAUCUUUAGCGUCACAUUGUCGAAACGAAUCGUGUCCAUUUUUUAGAUUUCCUUAACGACGGUACACGAUAUUAGUGAGCGUGUUCUGAGCGUAGCAUGUCCACAAUGAAUCCUGAAUAUGAUUACUUAUUUAAGUUACUUUUAAUUGGAGAUUCUGGAGUUGGAAAAUCAUGUCUUUUACUCCGUUUUGCUGAUGACACAUACACAGAAAGUUAUAUCAGUACUAUUGGUGUAGAUUUCAAAAUACGAACAAUUGAUCUAGAUGGAAAAACAAUAAAAUUACAAAUCUGGGAUACAGCAGGUCAAGAACGAUUUAGAACAAUUACAAGUUCUUAUUAUAGGGGUGCACAUGGUAUUAUCGUUGUUUAUGACUGUACGGAUCAAGAAACAUUUAAUAAUGUUAAACAAUGGCUGGAAGAGAUUGAUCGUUAUGCAUGUGAUAAUGUGAAUAAGCUGCUGGUUGGCAAUAAAUGUGAUCUUCACACUAAAAAAGUUGUUGAUUACACAACAGCAAAAGAAUAUGCGGACCAACUUGGUAUACCAUUCUUAGAAACAUCUGCAAAAAAUGCAAUGAAUGUAGAACAAGCUUUUAUGACAAUGGCUGCAGAAAUAAAACUUAGAGUGGGUCCUCCAUCAAGUGGAAACAGUGAUCCUGCAAAUAAAGUGAAAAUAGAACAUGGGCGUCCGAUUGAAUCCUCUAAAUCUGGGUGCUGCUGAGAAAUGUAAUUUUACAUCUUUGUAACCAAAAAGGACAUCUUAUGGUAGCAGUUUCAUACUGCAUUAAAAAACAUUACCAAGAGAAACAAGAAAGAUUGUGGAAGUUUCAGUUUAUAUUAAUAAAAAUAAGGUGUGAAGCAUUAUUAUGGACCACCAACUCUGUUAGCAGAGUUGAAUAAAACAAGUUUUGUUCUAUCUUUUUUUCAAGAAAGGAGAACAUAAUUAUUAACUUGCUAAUUAUCUAGUGCAAAAAACUGACAUAGGAAAAUUUGAAUAACAUUGAGGAUCAUUGAUUCUAUGCAAUGAUGCGUUUAACGGCAAUUCGAAUUUAUAAAGUAAAUUACAUAAUACUAUGUAUCGUGAUUAUAAAGAUAAACAUUCUUAUUUUUUAGCGUAAUUGUAACAUGUAUAAUUGAAUGUUUUUUGUCUUAGAAGGAAGUCAUUCUUACUCUUUGUACUACCUAAACAUUUUUCCACAUUUUAUUCCAAACUCUUGAGAUAAACAAGAAUUAGAGUAAUAACAUACUGAAACACGCCGUCAUCGCUGCCUCCCUCUUUUUUCAGUGCUCAUUAGUGUAAUUUAAUAACAAUAUAUUAAUAAAUAUUUCAACACUAAUACAAAAAAUGGUAAAUAGUAUACCUAUACGUACAAGAAUAAUUAAAUAUGUUACAUAUGUUCCAGUUGGUAACUUCUAUAAAGUUACGUCAAUUUUUUAAAUAUGUGCUACUUAUAAAAUUUAUAAAACUAUUCGCCUAUUAUGAAUACAUCACGACGUUUGUAAAAUAUAGCGUUGGCAAAUUCGAUAUGUUUUGUCUUAUAUUUAAACGGUAAGCUUAUAUUCAGAAAGCUGUGUAUUCCAUACGAGUUUGUAAGAUGAAAAUUUUGACAAAAUACUAUUUUCCUUUUA